AUGACUGGAAACACGCUGGUAAUCCGCAAAGAUGAGAAUUCAGCUGAGCAAAUCAAGCUUGAUUAUGUAGCCGUGAAGACUGCAGCUAUGACGCUUCGUGCCAUCAAUCAUAAGCUGCGUCAGCAAAUCAUACGCCUCCUGGAAGAGCAUAAGCGUAUGAAUGUGACUGACAUUUAUGUUAAACUGCGCCUUGAGCAGAGUGUUGCUUCCCAGCACCUCGCGAUCCUGCGCCGUGCUAACAUCGUAAUUACAGAGCGCGAUGGUAAGUUUAUCCAUUAUGCACUGAAUCAUGCCCGCAUUGCUAACGUAGCGCAAUUUGUACACGAGCUGGUAAGCAGCGAUGUGGAAGUGAAGAACAGCCGCAAGGGUGCUAAAUCUGAAGCUGCUGAAUUAAGCAAUGAAACAGAAGUUGCCAGCAACUAA